AUGGAUCCGACUGCGCAACCGAUAAAUUAUGGGCAGCGAUCCUUUCGAAGACGACCCAGGCGACCGAAACCUGCGGAUGAGGAGGACGGGUUUGUAGGUCCUGGCGGCGGAGAAGGAGAGAGCGACGAUGAUGAUGAUGCUGAGGAACGAGUCGGAACGCCUCAACCGCCGAUACUGACACGAUGGCCGCCCCCCGGCAUCUCCAGCAAUGAUCAACUGGCGCCGCCUUAUGCCAUGGAACUGAUUGCUCGCGGAGCCCCAGCUUACAUAGGGCACAAGAGAGCUGUGCCUCACGCGCCGGCACAUUACUAUGCCUUGUACGCGACCACGUCCAGUACCAAGCCCGACGAUACCGAUUGCAUGAGCAUCCACGAGUCCAUGACGCCGCUCAUGACUCUGCGGCUUCAAGGAGCUGGACGUCCAACGAACCCCUGGGAGACGUUCGAGCAACCAAGUUGCGCGUUUCGAUACGGCUUCCGACCAGGUACCAUCACCCUCAAUCAAUGGGUCUCGAUGAGCUCCUCCCUACCGCCAACCAUUGCACUUCGAGACCCUGGUAUCCUCCCUCGCCCAAUGGACCUUUUCCGCAUACUGGAGCGUCUCAAAGAACUUCAAGCCGGCUUGGAGGAUGACGAUGAAACCCUUUUGUACAGGAUUCUGUACAAGCGGAUCCUCCGGGAUCCUGAUAGAAUUCUUAGCCCCCACAGGACAUUGGAUAAGCAGAUUACCGAUCUGCUGCUUGUGUUAUCCCGCCCGGACUGGAUUGACUUUACAGAGCCGAGGAAUCAGGUCGUUACUAGAUUCAUCUUCAACGCAGAGUAUGUCAAUGUGGCCAUGUAUAAGAAGUUCUUCCAUCAACUGUUGCUCAGCCUGGAAUUGGACUUGAGGAUCCAUUCGAAGCAGCAUGGAGAAUGGGCAAAGGAGAAGUUGCUGGCGCAGAUUCCGCCGACCAUUAGGUGGAAUUUGGCACUGGCGAGACGGUGGAGGGAGAAUGUGAGGGUUGAUGGGUUUGGGGCGACGCCAGAGCAAACCAAUUUGCGGUACAAGCUGAAGAAGCGACAGGUCAAGGUUCUCAAAAAAUUUGCUCAGGCAAUGAAGUGGCCUAAUCUGGACAGCACCAUGGAGAACUUGCGGACGCAUGAUGAGGAGUUUAGGUUGGAUUUAAUUAGUUCGGAUGCUUUUGCCUUCUUCAGCGGCCUUGUUUUACCUGGGCCAACGUUUCCCUUUCUCAUCAUGAACACCCUCAUCGACCUGGACCCGGACUCUGCAACCGACAACCUCGCUUUGCUCUCCCAUACCUACCCGCAAUGUGGCUUCCAGUAUCGGAAUAGUCACACAUACUGGUCGGCAAGCAGCAUUGUGGGCAAGGUAUUGGCCCCGACGUGCUGCUCCGUCGCCGGCUGGGUUGGCCCGGCGCGACCGACGGCAGACCUUGGCCGCUCACAAAUAGCGCGCAUUCGCACCCGCCGUCCAAAGCACCAAGAUCGGAGGAUAGGACCUGAAGAUGUCGAAAGCAUGGGCGAAAGAUCCGACUGCCUAGGUCCAACGGCGCAAUCAUACCCCGUAAUCGACUACACACUCGUAGUCCCCGACGAAGACAGCUUCUCUGUCGUCGACACAGUGCGGAUUGAAUUACUCGGAUUCAAGCCCGUCGUCACCAUGGCAGAAGACACGUACGCCAACGGCCCGCGGCUAUUCGACGCCACUGUCCAGUUCGCCAUCGACGGGGUAUCAUGGCCCUUGCGUCUCAUGUACGACGUGUACUUUGUCUCAGCUUGGCCCUGCUCGCAGCCACCGCACCCUCUCUUCUUUGACUACAUCUACAGAGUAGUCAAGGCAGACGAGAUUGUGCGGGUACGAGACUGGGGCGGGCUGUACUACAGGAACCUGAGAAACGACGUGUCUGCAAGCGCAAGGUCAAGCCCGGCCCCGCCGUUCUACAGCAUGGGUUUCAAUGAGGCGCUGGACUUUAUCGACGACGAUGGUGACGAUGAAAAAGUCUUGGUUGUGGAGGCGUACGGUGUCCCGGACAAUGAAGUUCUGGCGAGGGCUUGGUGCUCGCAUUGGGGAUUGAGUGCGGUGGUAGCCGACAUACGCAAGACUUGUAUGGCUUGUGCUAUACGAGAAGCAUACGCUGCGACGAUUACGGUUCUGAUUUUGGUGGAUGGGCAACAUGAUCAAGGUGGGAAUCAUGGGCAAUGA